CGGGAGAAAUCCAUGUUGUGAAUAGAUUCCAUAGGGCACUGCCUUCGGAAUUUAAAAGUUUUCAAGGCUAGUGCAGUGUUAGCGAACGGCUCAGACUCCACGGGACGUUCCUUUAGGAUGCAUCGCUCCAGCUUUCUCUCGUUAUUUUUGCUUGCAGCUUUUGAAUGGCCAACGUUAGCCAAAAAUAUAACUUGCUGGGAUGUUCCCUGCAAGCAGAACCGGUAUCAUUUCGAUUGCUGCAUCCGCCAACUGGAAAUCGACGAUGGAACUCUGAUCGAAAAUGCUAACUUUGCAAAGCAGCAGUACAUUCUGCUGGAGGAUAGCAAUAUCUACACGGUGUCGCCUCAGUUGUUCCAGUUAAUGACCGAUGCCAAAAUGUUGGAAAUCAUAGGAGGUUUUGUUCCGUGGGUUCAUCUCCGACCUACGGUGACGGUGCUCAUUAUGAACGACUGCCAAACGAAGCAAAUCUUCAUCGAUCCGGAAGAGAAAAAGUACCGUCUUAUUUGGUUGGAUGUGCAGAAUGUUAGUAUGAAAGAAAUUCCACCGAAUUUGAAUCAUCUUCGAGAUCUGGAGCACAUCGGUUUGGUGAAUGCCGGACUGGAAUAUCUGGUGAUGGACCAAUUCGAUGGUCUCAACAAACUGGAGGAACUCAAUCUGUCUAGCAAUAACAUUCUUAGAGUUUAUGUCAACUUUCCGAUGCGUCUGCCGUCGUUGCGAACGUUGCAGCUCAAUGACAAUAAGCUUGUAUCCAUUGAUCUGAGCUAUUGGCACAUGCCGGAACUGACCACGUUCGAUUUGUCGGGCAACGAGCUUCGCUACAUAGUGCACUACAAUAGUAACCAGUUCGAAAAGCUCUGUGCCAUCAAAGCCGAACAGAACAAGUGGAACUGUGCGUGGCUAAAGGAAUUUCUUCAUGCGUGCUUUCAUUUCAAGGGUUAUGGGUUCAGUGAGAAGCAAUUGGAAUGUGACGAAGAUGAAGCUUGGAGAGAAAAUUGCUGCUACGGAAACGAUACCGAUACAAGCUACCAGGAGUAUCUGCGUGAGAUGCAGAUGAUUUCGUGAUCGCUGUUGGUGGUCUCCGAUUGUUCACUAGUGUUUAAGUGUACUGUUCAGAAGUGAAAAUUUAAAGUGUUCAUGUUUUUUCGGCAAAAAGUGUAGUUAAGUUACCGACGUAGAUUUAUUCAGAACGUUUUUGGAAUAUAAAAUAAGAAAAUUUAAAUAAAAAAUAUAAAAAGUG